AUGGUGUGUCUAGUGGAUAAGUCCACGCACUAUGAAGCACAAGAAACACAGUGUACGGUUUUCUUUCAAAACAGGUUAAUCGUCGAAUACAUAGCUUACUGCAGCGACGGAUUUGAGGGUUCGGAUUGCCAAACAAAUACGGAUGACUGUCUAAACGACCCCUGCCAAAACGGUGCUACUUGCAACGAUCUCAUCAAUGGGUAUAAUUGCUCGUGUACAUCAAGUUUUACAGGAAUCCAAUGUGAUGACGAAGUAGAUGAGUGUGAACUUCAGCCUUGUCAAAAUGGUGCAACCUGCUCUGAUUAUUUAGAAGGUUUUAAUUGUACGUGUAGUACAGAUGAAUGUACAAGUUAUCCUUGUCAAAAUGGGGCAAACUGCACUGAUUACUUGGAUGGCUUUAAUUGUACGUGUAGUCCAGGUUAUGAAGGAUCAUAUUGUGAACAAGAAAUAGAUGAAUGUACAAGUAAUCCUUGUCAAAAUGGUGCAAACUGCACUGAUUACUUGGAUGGUUUUAAUUGUACGUGCAGUCCAGGUUAUGAAGGAUCAUAUUGUGAACAAGAAAUAGAUGAAUGUACAAGUAAUCCUUGUCAAAAUGGUGCAACGUGCACCGAUUACUUAGAAGGUUUUAAUUGUACGUGUAGUCCAGGUUAUGAAGGAUCUUAUUGUGAACAAGAAAAAGAUGAAUGUACAAGUAAUCCUUGUCAAAAUGGUGCAAACUGCACUGAUUACCUGAAUAGUUUUAAUUGUACGUGUAGUCCAGGUUAUGAAGGAUCAUAUUGUGAACAAGAAAUAGAUGAAUGUACAAGUAAUCCUUGUCAAAAUGGUGCAUACUGCACUGAUUACCUGAAUAGUUUUAAUUGUACGUGUAGUCCAGGUUAUGAAGGAUCAUAUUGUGAACAAGAAAUAGAUGAAUGUACAAGUAAUCCUUGUCAAAAUGGUGCAAACUGCACUGAUUACUUGAAUGGUUUUAAUUGUACGUGUAGUCCAGGUUAUGAAGGAUCAUAUUGUGAACAAGAAAUAGAUGAAUGUACAAGUAAUCCUUGUCAAAAUGGUGCAAACUGCACUGAUUACCUGAAUAGUUUUAAUUGUACGUGUAGUCCAGGUUAUGAAGGAUCAUAUUGUGAACAAGAAAUUGAUGAAUGUACAAGUAAUCCUUGUCAAAAUGGUGCAAACUGCACUGAUUACCUGAAUAGUUUUAAUUGUACGUGUAGUCCAGGUUAUGAAGGAUCAUAUUGUGAACAAGAAAUCGAUAAAUGUACAAGUAAUCCUUGUCAAAAUGGUGCAACGUGCACCGAUUACUUAGAAGGUUUUAAUUGUACGUGUAGUCCAGGUUAUGAAGGAUCGUAUUGUGAACAAGAAAUUGAUGAAUGUACAAGUAAUCCUUGUCAAAAUGGUGCAAACUGCACUGAUUACCUGAAUAGUUUUAAUUGUACGUGUAGUCCAGGUUAUGAAGGAUUAUAUUGUGAACAAGAAAUUGAUGAGUGUACAAGUAGUCCUUGUCAAAAUGGUGCAAACUGCACUGAUUACCUGAAUAGUUUUAAUUGUACGUGUAGUCCAGGUUAUGAAGGAUCAUAUUGUGAACAAGAAAUUGAUGAAUGUACAAGUAAUCCUUGUCAAAAUGGUGCAACGUGCACCGAUUACUUAGAAGGUUUUAAUUGUACGUGUAGUCCAGGUUAUGAAGGAUCAUAUUGUGAACAAGAAAUAGAUGAAUGUACAAGUAAUCCUUGUCAAAAUGGUGCAGGCUGCACUGAUUACUUGAAUGGUUUUAAUUGUACGUGUAGUCCCGGUUAUGAAGGAUCUUAUUGUGAAAGUAUUGUCAAUGCCUGUUUGGACCUUCCGUGUCUGAAUGGUGCUUCCUGCUCUGACCUAUCACCAGGAUUCCAAUGCACCUGUUUGCCGGGAUAUAUCGAUGAAUAUUGCUCUUCGGAUAUUGAUGAAUGCGACAUCGAAAAUGUCUGUCCUGGCAACUCGAUAUGUGAAAACACUGUAGGAUCUUUUGCCUGCCUAUGUUUUGAGGGAUACGAAGGGGAACGUUGUGACAUCAUCACUGAUCCAUGUGUUUCAUCUCCCUGUGAACGAGGAACAUGCGACAAACUCAGUUCAGAUGCUUACAGGUGUCUUUGCGAGGAUGGCUUCUCAGGAGUGAAGUGUGAUGUUAUUAAUCCAUGUACAUCCACCCCUUGUCUCAAUGGAGGAGAAUGUGAGAGUGAUGACGCCGGACGAUGGGCAUGCCAAUGCCCAAAAGGUUUUAUUGGUGAACUAUGCGAAUUAGACUCGGAGUCUUACUCUUACAGUCUAUUUAUUUAUGGCUCAAGCGUCGAUCGGGAAUACUUUGUACGAGACAUGGAAGCACUAUUUUCUGACGUAUAUGGUGUAAACGUCACUGUUCUCAUCAUAGAAACAUCAAACUACUAUACGCCGGAAACAGGAGAAGAAAUCACUGGUGUUACUUUCGUUGUGUUUGUGAAUGGGACAUUACUCACAUCUGAUGAGAUCAGCGCCGUAUUAAACGCUGUUCCAGAAGAAGAUCUUAACAAUAGAGAGUCAUUCGAAUUCUACUUCGGCGAAGUUAUUGAACAUAAACCACAACAACAGAGAUGGCUGGCUGAGUACUGGUAUGUCUUGAUAAUCGCUGUGAUAGUCGGCAUCUUUCUGCUCCUCUCUACAACUAUGGCAGUGGCGCAUCUGGUGGUCAAGCGGAGCUUUCGAAAGAUUCAGUAUGAGAACAACAAGAAGAUGCUUGAAGAGGCUGAAAAGCAGACAAGAAUGUCAGGUGAUGUGCGCUAUACAAGGGAAGCUUGGCAUGUCUACAGCCGAGGGCUACGGAGCUCCCAGCAUUUUGCCGAGGAGCAUAUUUACAGGACAAAUCCAGUUUAUAUGGCGCAUGAUUAUGAAAGCGUGCUUGACGAAAGUUCUGAUAAUUACCCAGGGCUCUUUGAAAUGGACUUGAAAUGA